UUGCCCUUGUAGCACAAAUCUGUCUCUUCCCCUUUAAAUAUUCCUUGACCGAUUGUGACUAAUUGCCUGAACAUCCUGAUGGGCAGUCACAUCUCUUCCAACUGAGAUUUGAAAUGAUGACUCCAGUUUCACUGCACAACAGCACAUUUAAUUUAUUGUAAUUGUACUUUUUGGAUUUUGUUCUUCAUUGGGAAAGGACAUUUUGUAAGCCUUCUCUUAAGAAGAAUAACUAUGGUUUACAGUAAUCGCUAUGGUGUGAUUUUCGCCUGUACCUGUGGUGUGAUCCUGGGUGUGGGCUUCGGGGCUAACUUGCUAGUGUUCACCCUCUUCGCUAAACACAACACUCUACGCAAGAAUCGUCUGGACUUGCUGAUCCUCAGCAUGGCUUUGGCUGACUUCCUCACGCUGCUUCUCAUUCCAUUCACUCUACACUCAGCUGUCAGUUUCUCCUGGCCUUUAAGCGACACAUCGUGUAAGAUUUACCAGUUCCUGCUGGCUUUCUCUCUGGCUGCCAGCACUUACUCACUAUGUGCUGUCUCAGUAGCUCGAGCCAUGAUCAUCACUAACCCCUACCACCCACCCUCUACUGACCUCCUUGCGCUAAUGCUCAUCCUGGCCUGGGCUCUAAGCUUCUUUAUCAGCUUGCCAUUGCGUAUUUUUGCCACUAAAGAGCGCCUUGGCCCAGGGCUCACCAACUUCACUUUCUGCCUGCCUACCAUCAAAGAGCACCACUACCAAGUCAUAUUAAGCCAGUUUGUUUUGUAUUACUUCAUACCGAUGCUGGUUAUUGCUGGAAAUUAUGUACGCUUGGCUCUGUUUCUCCACAAGAGCCCAGUGAUGUCUAUGGCCAGUGCUCGGAACACACGGCGAGCUUCACUCAUGGUGUUCCUGGCAGCUGGGACAUUCUCUGUGUGCUGGCUGCCUGGAUAUGUCCUUGAGCUGUGUGUGUAUUUGGGUCUCUAUAAACAUGGACAAGAUUGGGAGAUGUUCUAUUUUACCUGUACAGUGUUACAGUACCUGCACCCAUGUGUUAAUCCAGUUCUGUAUGUUUUGCUGGCUAAGCGCUACCGGGGAAUGCAACGAGCCUUGCUCUUUCAAUGCAAUCGCAACAGGGUGCACCCCCAGGUUACUAGUGUUACUGAAAGCUUCUGAACUGUUCUACAAGGUUCUGAUUUUGUCUAAAAAAAAAACAACAAUCUACAAAAAGACCACUUUAAAAUAUACAUUCUUGAAAAGUGGAAUGCUAUGUGACUAAGAUAAACUGAGAUAAACUUA